AUGAAGCAGCGUGCUGGUAGCGAGAAUUCAGUCGCGGAUUACAGGCGAGACAAUGAUUACAGUUUGCAGUUAAAUCGCUGGAUUCUGGGCUCGAUAGGCGCUUGGCCGGAAUUACAGACGAAUUCGAUGAUGAAGAACGUCCUGAUGAAUAUCUUGCGAUUAGCGUGUCAUUCCUUAAUAGCUUUUACCAUAAUAUCUUCUGUAUUAUAUAUAAUCUUUGAAGAAAAGGACUUUCGCUUGAGGCUCAAGGCCAUUGGGCCUACGAGCCACAUUCUCAUGGGCGGAGUCAAUUACUGCUCGCUCCUGCAUCACAACGCGCGGAUACGCAUGUUCGUGGAGCACAUGGAGACCGACUGGCGGAUGGCAAAGAGAGAGCACGAUCGGGAGGUGAUGCUGCGUAACGCAAGAGUGGGACGCGUCAUAGCGGGCGUUUGCGCGCUCAUCAUGCAGGGCGGCGUGAUAUGUUACAACAUAGCGCGGGGAAUGUCGCGGAUAACCGUGGUGAUCGGCAACGAGACGAUCGAGACGGGCCGCCUGCCGUGUCCGUCGUUCAACAUGAUCGUGGACACCAGGCUCAGCCCGGUGUACGAGAUCGUGCUCGCGUUGCAGUGCCUCUCGACCAUCGUCGUCAACAACAUCACGAUCGGCGCGUGCGGCCUCGCCGCCGUUUUCGCGAUGCACGCCUCCGGCCAGCUCAACGUAGUGAUGCUACGUCUCGAGGAACUCGUCACCGAGCGGCAGGAACUCCUCCAGUCGAGACUGGCGAACAUUGUGGAGCAUCAUCUGCGAGCGUUGAAGUUUCUUUCGCAUUUGGAGGAAAUUAUGCGUGAGAUAUGUUUUGUGGAAUUAGUCGGGUGUACAUUCAACUUGUGUAUGCUAGGAUAUUACACCAUUACGGAAUGGCAGGAAGAGAGCAUAAAUACUAUAAUAACAUACGUCAUGGUACUAACAGCGAUGAUGUUUAAUAUCUUUAUAUUUUGCUUCAUUGGCGAACUCGUAACGGAUCAGUGUAAAAAAGUUGGUGAAGUAGCUUAUAUGACAAAGUGGUAUGAAUUGCCGCAUAAAACCGUUCUUGGUCUCAUUUUAAUAAUCGUGCGAUCAAGAAUUGUUAUCAAAAUCACGGCUGGAAAAAUAUUUCAUAUGUCUAUUCAAACUUUCGGUGUUGUAAUUAAAACGUCUGUCGCAUACUUAAAUAUGCUUCGAACUUUGACUAUGUAA